AGCGUAAACAUAUGUACAUAUCUGUGUAAACGCAUGUAAAGGAAACGCAACGAAUAUCCUGGAUUUCCACGACAGUCGAGGGUGUUGCGGCAACCAAAAGCACACUAAUCGCUGGGGCAACCCACCAUGGACGACUUUAUAAAGACGCUGAUUGCCGAGGUCAAGUCGCAGGGCGUCUUCGAUGAAUUCCGCUUCAACUGCUGCCUGGCGGACGUGGACACAAAGCCCGCGUACCAGAACGUACGCAAUCGGGUGGAGGCGGCGGUCAAUGAUUUCCUGGCCAAGCAGCAGUGGACGCCCGAGACCAACAAGGUCCAGCUGAGGGAGAGGCUGCGCAAGCACCUUCUGGACUCCGAUGUCCUGGACAAGGGAGUCGAUCAAAUCGUGGACCAGGUGGUCAAUCCCAAGGUGGCCACCAUAUUCGAGCCAAAGAUCGAGAGCAUCGUCUACAAGUACCUGGGCAUCACGCCCCCGCCGCCGCCACCACCGAGACCCGCGAUGCUGCCCGCUCCGCCCUUGCCGCCAUUUCCUGGCCACAUGAACGGCAGCAGCCUGCUCAAUGUGGAGACCACCGCUGGCCUGCUGCCCACCGACCUGGAGCAGAUCAGUCCGGACUCCGAUCGGGCCACCGUCAAGUCGGAAGUGAAGGACGACGAACUGCCUCCUGGCGUGGACGACGAGGACACUUCGCCAUCGUACGAACUGGUGAAUGAGGAGAAACCCUCUACCAGUAAGGAGGAGCUGAACAGUGGAUCGCUGAACAACUCGGACUCGGUGAAUGGCGUCUCCCAGGCAUCGCAACUCUCGCAGGUGUCCAGCGACAGCCGCCUGACCAUCGGCUCCUCCACGGAAUCGAUGGCCGAUGCCCAGCAGCCCGCGACGGCACUGAACAGUGGGAAGCUUGCCAACAUAUCCGAAGAGGCCCAGAUGCCCAAGUUCAGCGAAAACUCCAGCGAAGCAAGUGCCGGAGCGGGGGAGAAUGGCAGCAGCCAACUACACUUUGACAUCAAGCAGGAUGCCAUUACCUUCGAGGGUACUGAGCGAAAGAACUCGGUGUCAAAAGACACUAACGGUGGUCCGCAGAUUCUUUCUAUUGAAGAUGCCAUUAUGUCGGAGGUGAAAGCCAACAUAGAUGAUGCUAAUAAUGCCAGCAUAGAGUCCAUGGUUGAACCGGAAACCAUACAACCGCCACCCCUGCCCAGUAUUGAGCCGGCUCAGCCAGCACCUCCACUAGAGCCCCCGCCUGCGCCCCAACCAGUUGAGCCCCCUCCGCCACCGCCUCCUGAAAAUGUGCCACCGCCACCUCCACUUGAUGUUGUACCUCCGCCACCACCAGCUGAAGUUGUGCCACCUCCUCCUCCAGCACCAUUACCGGUUGAGCCACCUCCCCCGCCAGCUCCACCAAAACUUGAGCCACCUUCUGCACCGCAGCCAGUAGAGAUCAGUAAUGGAUCGGUUUCUGAGACUGUUUUGGCUGCGACACCCAAGGAGACUGAUGAUUUAAAUAGGAAGCCUAAUGCGGUAGAUGCGGAGGUCAAAAAAGAAGAUAAGCUCAAGGCAACACCUGAAAUCAAGGAAGUCAAGCCCCCAAAGCUCGCUCCGCCCCAAGAAGUGGAAACACCCAAAGAGGAAGUUACAAAAUCGUCAGAGUCCACAGCGUCGUCCGUAUCUGUGUCUUCCCAAUCAAGAAGCCAUUCAAAGUCCUCGAACAAAGAGAAGGAGCGACGACAUCACAGCCACUCAGAUGAUAAGCACCGUCGCAGGAGCAGGAGCAGAGAUCGGGAUCGUGAUCGAGACCGCGACCGCAGUCGUGACAAGUCUCACACCAAACAUUCCUCUAGUUCCAGCUCGAAGCACUCCUCGUCCCACUCCUCGAGUUCCAAACAUAGGAGCAGUAGCUCCAAAAACGAUAAGAACUCGUCGAGCUCUUCUAGCCGAAGCAAUCACGAGUCAUCCUCUUCCAAGCGCUCGUCUACCUCAUCCUCAUCUCGCCACGAAUCCUCCUCACACAAAAAACACAAGUCCAGUUCAUCUUCAUCAAGAUCGGAUCGAGAUAAAGACAAGGAAAGGGAAAAGGAUCAAAGUCGCAGCCACCACAGUAGUAGCAGUUCAUCCUCGUCGUCGAAAAGGAAAGACCACGAUAGGAAAGAUCGCGAUCGUGAUCGUAACAAAUCAAGUUCAUCAGGAAAUGGGGAUGCUAAAGCGGUCCAGGACGAUCACAACGAGAGCAAAGCGAAGCUAAUCAAGCGGCGGAGUUCCGACUCCAAUGAUGAGGGCAAGCCUCCUAGUUCAGGCGGCCCGGCGAAAAUCUCCCAACCCGAGGUUACUGCCGCUGCGGAGAAAGCUGAUGCGACUGUGGAGAAUGGCAAUGGCACGAAUGGAAACUCCAAUGGCAGCAGCAAUGGUGUGAGCAACAGUGUAGUCAGUGCCAGCAAUGUGAUCAUUGUCAGCGACAUUCUGCAGCAAUCGUCGACCAGUUUCAUUCAACUGACGGCUGGUUCCCAGUCUCACAAGGUGUUGGAGGAGAGUAAGCCUGAACCUGAAGAUAUUGACGGAGGAAAAGCAGAUAAUCAGCCGGAGAAGCCAGGGUCAGAGGAGUCUGCUUCACAUGAUGAGGCGCCAAGAGUGGACCCUCCGAAAGCUGACAAAACUGAAUCCGUACCUGAUUCCCCUGCCGAGGAGAAUAAAGAAGGCGCUGGACUAGAACAUGAACCAGUGGAGACCUACGAAAAAGAGAAGCCGCCUGCUGAAGAAACCAUACCGGAGAAUCCUGUAGAUAUUGUAGAGACCACCAGUCAACUAGCGGAUCUACCAAAAGAUGAUGAAAAACCCGCCACACAACCCGCAGACUCGAAUGAGCAAAGCGACGAACUAGUCGCCGACUGUGUAACCCACUUCGAAGAAAACACAGAUGAGUUCAAGGAGCGUCUGCAGCUCAUCAAUCAACUGAUAGAGGAUCGCAAGAAUUUGCUCGACAGACUGAGCGCGGAUGGAUCACAGGGCGAGGCAGUGGAUGUACGUGCUCUGCGCAGGAGCAUAUCCAAGCGAAGGCGGAGCAGCUUGCAGGAGCAGCCGCCAGAGGUGCGGGAGUCGACGCCGGCGAGGCACUGCAGCCCGAGCAGCAGCACCUCCGGCAGUCCGGCGAAGAGGCUACGACGCGAUGAACCCAAGUCAUCGCCCACGCCAUCCGACGCCAGCAUAAACUCCAAGGAGAACGAGGCUUUGGAGAAGCAGGAGCAUGACGCUCUGUCCGCCAGGCGACUCAGCAAGAAGCUCUGCCAGCAGCAGCGGUACACCAACGAUGAUCUCUACAAGCCCCGUCCAAUCCUGUCGCAGCGCUCCCGACGCCGGGGCCUGGAUUCAAUCCUCUAGCCAACCAUCGAACUGUUAUCGGAAACAAUAAAAAAAGGCAAUUGUUGUUAAUGCAUUUGACGUAUGAAACAAACUCAAACUCAAUCUCUUCUUUCAUCCGUGUUUAAUGGGCCUUUUCGCUUGCCAAUGGUUUUGCUCAACCGCUUUGUUUUCGUUUGAAUUCUUUAACAAUAAAAUUUUAAUUUUAGAGCUA